AUGCCUCUAGUUCAGUGUCAGCCGGCAGGCAGAAGAGGGAGCAAGACAUAUCUUCAUCUGCUGCUCCUCUUCCUCAGUGUGCUACAAACACAUGGAUACAUUCAAAUCCCUCCUGAUUACACAUAUGACAGCCUAAAACAAGCUCCAAAGAUCACAGCUCAACCCGGGUCUCACACCGCUUACUCUCUGGAUGAUAUCAGUCUAGCCUGUGAAGCCAGUGGAGAUCCGACACCCAGUUUCCGCUGGGUCAAAGAUGGCAAACAGUUUGGGGAGGUUCUGUUUGAGUCUGGAACCCUGACAGCAGAUGACACAGAGGAACUCCGAUUCUACCAGGGCUCGUACCGCUGCUAUAUGGCCAAUGAGCUGGGAACCGCCGUCUCAGGCCUGGUGCACCUGAUCACAGAGUCCAUCCCAACCUUGGCCAAAGAGAAGAGGCAGAAAAGAAGAUCGUUUGAGGAGGGAGAAAGCACAGUCCUCUACUGUAACCCUCCGAAGAGUUCUGUCACUCCCAAAAUACACUGGAUGGACAUGCCAAAUUCUGUGGUGAAGAAUCGGCGGCCCCAGCUGCAAAAGCCAGCGGGAUCCCACAGUUCUUAUCUGGUGCUCAGGGGCCAAACGCUGACUCUAGAGUGCAUCCCAGAAGGCCUACCAACUCCAGAAGUGCACUGGGAACGGAUGGACAGCCCUCUCUCUCCCGCUCGAGCCAAGAAGCUGAACUACAACUGCUGGCUUCAGAUCGAGAACGUGUCGGAGGUGGAUGAUGGCGAGUACACGUGCAUUGCCCGGAACAGCCAGGGCUCUGUUAAACACCACUACGCUGUCACAGUGGAGGCUGCUCCUUACUGGAACAAGUGGCCUGAAGACCACCUGUAUGCCCCAGGAGAGACUGUGAGACUGGACUGUCAGGCUGAAGGGAUACCCACCCCAAAUGUCACGUGGAGCAUCAAUGGUGUUCCUAUCACAGGGACAGACUCGGACGCGAGGCGACAUCUGAGUUCUGGUACACUGAUCCUGACUAACGUUCAGUACAGCGAUACGGCGGUCUAUCAGUGCGAGGCCACCAAUAAACAUGGCAAUAUCCUGGUCAACACGCAUGUCCAUGUAGUUGAACUGCCUCCUCAGAUCCUGACGGCAGAUGGGCUUGUGUACAAGGCCACAGAAGGCCAAAGGGUUCUACUGCAAUGCAGAACAUUUGGCUCCCCACAACCCAAAGUUGACUGGGUGAUUUUUGACUCUGGUCCCGCGCUGGCUAAUGCUAAAAUGUCUCAGAGAAGCGAUGGAAAUCUUCAGAUCAGUGACGUGAGUGAAGACGACAGCAACAUUUACACAUGCUCAGUGAGGCACAGCAACAGGAGCAUCAGUGCUGAGCUGGAGGUCUUGAACAGAACUAAGAUUGUGGACCCUCCCCAGGAUCUACGGGUUUUAUGUGGAAAUGAUGCUGUUUUACACUGCAAAUAUACAGUGGACCACAAGUUAAAACAACCCACAAUUCAGUGGAAGAAGGACAAACACAAGAUCACAUCAUCUGCUAAUGAUGACAAAUACACUGAAUACGCAGACGGCUCUCUGAAGAUCACUGACGUUCAGAUGGAGGACACAGGAUCCUACAGCUGUGAGAUCAGCACUAAACUAGACUCGGUCAGCGCCACCGGCUCCAUCACCGUGCUGGAUAAACCUGGUUCUCCUCACUCUCUGGAGCUGUCUGAAAAGAUGGACCAUAGUGUCACGCUAUCCUGGACGCCAGGCGCUGAAAACAACAGUCCUGUAUCUGAGUAUGUCAUUGAGAUGAAAGAGGAGCAGAAUCCAGAAAAAGGCCAGUGGGAGGAGUACAGAAGAGUUCCUCCAGACAUCAGACACCUGGAGAUCCAUCUGCAGUCGUACAGCACAUACCACUUCCGGCUCAGAGCUGUUAAUGGCAUAGGAACCAGCGAGCCCAGUCCUCCCUCAGAGUCCUACAACACACCAGCAGCCAUACCUGACAUGAAUCCAGAGAAUGUGACGACGGUGUCUACUGAUCCAAACAGUAUGGUCAUCACAUGGAAGGAACUGGAGCGACGGCAAUUUAAUGGACCAGGAUUUGAGUACAAGAUCUACUGGCGUCAAGCUUCAGGCAGGGGUCCACACUGGAAGGAAAGCAGCGUCUCACAUCCUCCGUUCAUCGUGAACGGCACUGGGACCUUCAUCCCCUUCGAGAUUAAAGUUCAGGCAGUCAAUGAUCUUGGUGCAGGACCAGAACCAGUUGCUAAGAUUGGCUACUCAGGGGAAGAUGUACCUCUGGAAGCUCCUUCAGAGGUGGCAGUGACCGAGCUGAACAAAACCUCUGUCCUGGUAAGAUGGAGUCCAGUCAGCAUGGAAUCUGUCCGCGGACACUUACUCGGCUACAAGAUCCAUCUGCGAAAGAAAGGCCCCAGAACUCACAGCCGAAGAGGCCUGCCGAUGCACGCUCCAGCGGCUGACAAGUACAGAGAAAUCGAGGUUUAUGGAAAUAAGGUGGAGACGGUCGUGAGCAACUUGCAGUUUUACUCGGACUAUACUCUGACAGUUGCAGCUUUCAACAGCAGAGGUGAAGGUCCGCUCUCGAUUGAGUAUCACUUCACCACUCCAGAGGGCG